AUGCCCGCAAUUUAUUACGAAGAAACUAUUUGCAGCCGUCAGUUCUCCAGAGAUCAUCGUAUCGACUCCGAUCUCGGGCGAUCUAUCUUAAACGGUCUCCUCGGUGAGAACGAGCGUUUUCCUCCUUGUGACAACGUUGUUCAUUCGUCCUUUUCGCAGAGAUUGGUGGAGAGCGCCGAGCAGGCCGCAGUAUCGGCACCGAGGGAUGGAAACGUGUCGCCCAAAUAUUACGCCUCGCAUCGGCUUAAUAGCUUCGUCAGCGAUGAGAAGGGUUCCGCGCAGGAGGUGUUUCUCGCUAUGAAUCGCCACUUCGACCACUUAGCGGUGAAUGUCAGCUUAUCCGCCGUACUCCUGCCGAACGGAGUCAAAGACAACGAACGUGACGUUGCAUCGGGCAUUCAAUGGAGCGAGUACUUGGAUCUACUGUUUGUUAAUAAUUACGAGAGCGACCCUACACUGUCGUGGCAGUAUUACGGGGCAACGACAGGAUUUCUACGUCGGUUCCCAGCGAUAUCGUGGCCGCCGAUGGAGGGUACAUCUGGGACAUCCAAGUCAUCGCAUCAUCGGACUGUUCGCGACGUGUACGACUUCAGGAUGUCGAAUUGGUUCGUCGGUGCGGCAAACAGCCCGAAGGAUCUAGCGAUACUGAUCGAUAGCGCGACCUACACGUCUGACCGGAAUCGACGAUUGACGGUGGCCACGGUAAAGGUCAUCCUGGACACCCUGGGGCCGAACGAUUACGUGAACGUGUAUCGCUACGGGGAGAACGCCGAGGAGAUCGUGCAGUGCUUCAAGGACAGCCUGGUGCAAGCGUCACCCGAGAACGUUCACGAGAUGAAGGUGGCUUUGAGCAUCGUGAAACACGAAGACACCGCGACCAACAUCUCGGCCGCGCUCAGCACCGCCUUUGAGAUCCUCCACAAGUACAAUCGCACCAGCCAGGGAAGCCAGUGUAACCAGGCCAUCAUGCUGAUCACCUCCGACACCGACGGCCCGCCCACGGAAGUGAUAAAGCGGUACAAUUGGCCGCACAUGCCCGUGCGGCUCUUCACCUAUCUCAUCGGUGGUGACAAGAGCCCCGAUCUCCAAAACACGGCCUGCACCAAUAAAGGUAACGUUAUUCGUUGAUAACUCGCGGGUGUACCGGGGUGUCUUGUUGCCGGCGUCGCAAUCGACGAUUCUUUCCGCGGAAAAGAAACGUUGAAGACUUUAUUUUCGAAAAGAAUGAUUUUGAAGAUUGAAACAUUAACGACAUUUACAUGUCUUCUUUUUAUACUUAAAAUUAUUUCUAAGGAUUCUAUACUAUAAGCCAGCAAAUUUGUUUUGCUGACGACUGUUAAAGUAUACAAGAUAGUAACCGGUGUAAACACCGCCGCCCACUCACAAAGGAUUUCUGAUAAAAAGUUGAAACAUAUUCUUGACACGUUUGAACUUAUCACAACCUCACGUAUUAAAAAGGUAAAACAAUAUUAUGAAUAAAUCAAUAAUUCCAAUUCUCACUCUCGAAUUAAAUAAUGACUUACUGUAUUGAGAUUAAGAUUAAAAUGAUAUAUAUAUUUCGUGUUUAGGAUAAAUCUUCUGUCGAUGUGUUUUAACUCUUUGAAGCGCGGUGUGACAUAUACAGGGUGUUAA